AUGUGGCCGCCCGCUGUCAACCUUCUGCGCCGUUUGAACCCACGGCUCUGCGCUUUUCCCAAAGGAGCAUGUCUGAAAGCGGCUCACAGCAGCAGCAGCAGCAGUGUUAUCAGUAGAAGCAGCAGCAGCUCCUCUCUCUCUCAACCUCACGAUGGUUUAUAUCCGGAGCACAUUCCCACGACUCUGCUGCAGAAGGCUCUCCUCGCCGUGGGCUCCGGGGCGGCCGCUCUGCACGACCCUUACAGACACGACAUGGUGGCGGUCCUCGGUGAGACGACUGGUCACAUGACUUUGAUCCAACUCAGAGACAACAUGAGGAACGACCCAGAGGGAUACUCCAUUCUAAUGAAGAGGCCCAGAAUACGACUUUCUACUCUCGAUCUAGACAAGAUGGCCGCCAUGCCAGAAGGAUCAUUUGGAAAAGAGUACCUCCGUUUUCUCAAUGAGAAUCGCGUCACACCCGACUCUCGAGCAGAAGUAAGGUUUGUGGACGAUGAGGAGUUGGCCUUCGUCAUGCAGAGAUAUAGAGAAGUGCACGACCUCCUCCACACUCUGCUCGGAAUGCCGACCAACAUGCUAGGUGAAGUUGCAGUGAAAUGGUUUGAAGCUGCCAACACAGGACUGCCCAUGUGUGUCCUCGGAGCUGUGCUGGGACCUCUGCGGCUAAAACCAGUUCGUCUGCAGACGCUGUUAACAACACUGGGCCCGUGGGCUGUGAAGAACGGACAGAAGUCUCGCUGCGUUUUGAACAUUUUUUAUGAAAACCGAUGGGAGCAGUAUAUUGAGGAUCUACGUGAGGAGCUCGGCAUCGAACCCCCACCUCUCUCUGUCUCAUAG